GCAGGCCCCACCCGCCCACCGCUCAUCGCCCCUGGGAGAGGAGACGCAACCGGAGCGCCACCUCCCGGCGGCCAUGGCCAGCCUCCUCCUCCGGCGCCGCCCGCCCCUCCUCCUCCGCCUCCUGCGGCCGCCCACCUCCUCCGUACUGGAGUCAUGCAAUGGAUAUGUGUCACCAAGAGUUCAGUUGCAGAGAUUCUCUGCAGAAGGGAAAGACCAGGCAAAAUCAAUUGAAGAUGAUUACAGCGAGGCAAAUAUUAAGAAAAAGAACUUUGCGCUACAGCAAGCUUUGGACCAAAUCAAAUCUGCAUUUGGUGAGGAGUCAAUUAUGUGGUUAAAUCACUCUUGUGGUUCUAAAGAAAUUCCUGUCGUAUCUACUGGAUCCUUUGCAUUGGACAUAGCUUUAGGAAUUGGUGGGCUCCCAAAGGGAAGGGUUGUUGAAAUUUAUGGCCCAGAGGCAUCAGGAAAAACCACUUUAGCACUUCAUAUCAUAGCUGAAGCACAGAAGAAUGGAGGAUGUUGUGCUUUUAUUGAUGCUGAGCAUGCCCUGGAUCCUACAUUAGCGGAGUCUAUAGGUGUCAAGGCAGAACAUCUGUUACUAUCUCAACCAGAUUGUGGUGAACAGGCCCUUGGCCUUGCUGACAUCUUAAUCCGAAGUGGCUCUAUCGAUGUUGUGGUUGUGGACAGUGUAGCAGCUCUUGUUCCAAAAGCUGAACUGGACGGAGAGAUGGGAGAUUCCCAUGUUGCGGUUCAAGCAAGGCUUAUGAGUCAAGCACUUCGCAAGUUGAGCCAUUCUCUUUCUCGCUCAAGGACAAUCUUGGUGUUUGUUAAUCAGGUAAGAUCGAAAUUAAGCACAUUUAGUGGAUUCGGAACACCAGCAGAAGUAACCUGUGGAGGGAAUGCCUUAAAGUUUUAUGCUUCUGUCCGCUUGAACACCAAAAGAAUUGGUCUUAUAAAAAAAUCAGAAGAGGUUGUAGGCACGCAAAUUCAGGUCAAGAUUGUCAAAAACAAGCAUGCACCCCCAUUUAAGACCGUAAACCUUGAGAUUGAGUUCGGUAAGGGCCUGAGUCGUGAAUCGGAGAUUAUUGAACUAGGCUGCAAACACAAGUUUAUAACAAAAUCAGGAGUGUUCUAUCACAUGAAUGGACAAAAUUUCCAUGGAAAGGAUGCUCUUAAAUGUUAUCUCGCUGAAAACAAAGAUGUCCUGGAAUCUCUGAUGUCAAUGAUAAAGGAAAGCAUAAUUCAACAGGAGUCCCGUCCAGAUAGAAACAAGGAGAAUGCCAACCCAGAUACGAGCAUUACGGAGUUUGUUUCGUCAACAGAUGAAGUGCCUGAAGAGGUUGAGGGCUGAAGAAAUAGAGCAGUGUAUAUUGUUUUUUUGGGGUGCAAUACUCCUACUGUAAAUAUUCACUUCCCAUCUCUGCUUCGAAGGUUUAUGUAUAGCCCGUGGGACGAUAACCAAGGAUAAAAUGUAAAUAACUUCUCGCCA